GCCGCUCCCCGUCCCCAUGAGCUGACGCCGCGGGGCGGCGGCGGGGGCAGGAGCGAGCGCCCGGCGGGGCCGGCGCCCCGGCAUGGCCGGCUCGUGCGCCGUCCAGGUGAAGCUGGAGCUGGGGCACCGAGCCCAGGUGAGGAAGAAGCCCACGGUGGAGGGCUUCACCCACGACUGGAUGGUGUUCGUCCGAGGGCCCGAGCACAGCAACAUCCAGCACUUCGUGGAGAAGGUCGUCUUCCACCUGCACGAGAGCUUCCCCCGCCCCAAGAGAGUGUGUAAGGAUCCUCCCUACAAAGUUGAAGAAUCUGGGUAUGCUGGUUUCAUUUUGCCAAUUGAGGUUUACUUCAAAAAUAAGGAAGAACCUAAGAAAGUUCGAUUUGACUAUGACUUAUUCCUGCACCUUGAAGGCCACCCACCUGUAAAUCACCUCCGCUGUGAAAAGCUCACAUUCAACAACCCGACAGAGGAAUUCAGAAGAAAGCUGCUAAAGGCAGGAGGGAUCAUGGUAAUGUCAGAUGGCACAUCAUUCUCUUCAGGGCAGAGCCUUCAUCUCCCCAACCUUCCCAGUAACUCCCUGUCUUUUUCUGAAGUGAAGAAGAAAUCAUCUCAUGGGCCAAAGGACCCAACUAAGCUUCUGAACACAAAUAGCAGUAGCAGCAGUAGUAACAGUUUUUCAAAGCCCCACAAGUUAACAAAGGAGCACAAGGAAAAAACUUCUAAAGACUCGAAAGAACAUAAAAGUGCCUUCAAAGAACCUUCCAGGGAACACAACAAAUCUUCCAAAGAAUCCUCUAAGAAACCCAAAGAAAACAAACCACUAAAAGAUGAAAAAAUAGUUCCUAAGAUGGCUUUCAAGGAACCCAAAUCUAUGUCCAAGGAGCCAAAAUCUGAAAACACCACCAUUCUUACCAUUACAGGUGGACAGCAGCAAGAAAAGAAGACCCCUACAAAAAGGCCCUCUGUUCUGGACUCUGAUGAAUCUUCUGCAAAAAAAAGAAAAAAAGGUGUGUCGGAGUCAUUAUUUAAAAGUUUUUCUAGUGCUCCACCACUAAUUUUUACUUGUUCAGCUGACAAAAAACAAACAAAGGAUAGAUCUCAACUCAAGAUGGGGAGAGUGAAAAUUGAAAGAGAUACACUGGAAAAGAAGACACCUACUUUACCACCAUUUGAUGAUAUUGUAGAUCCCAAUGAUUCUGACAUGGAAGAGAACUUGUCUUCUAAAUCUGAAUCUGAACAGCCCAGUCCUGCCAGUUCCAGCUCCAGUUCCAGCUCCAGUUUUACACCAUCUCAAAACAGCAGACAACAAGGGGGCCAAACCUGCAAACACUUGAACACAAGUCACUUCACUGUCAUGAGUCCAUUGAGGUCUAUAAUGAAAGAUCUGCAUUCAGAUGAUAAUGAAGAUGAGUCAGAUGAAGCAGAUGAGAAUGACAAUGAUUCUGAAUUGGAACGGCCUGUAAAUACACGAGGAGGGAGCAGGAGUCGCAGGGUUAGUCUGAGUGAUGGCAGUGACAGUGACAGCAGUUCAGCUUCCUCACCAUUACAUCAUGAAUCAGCGCCACCUUUAUUAAAAACCAACAACAACCAGAUUUUAGAAGUGAAAAGUCCAAUAAAGCAAAACAAAUCUGAGAAACAAAUUAAGAAUGGAGAUUGUGAUAAGGCAUAUCUCGAUGAACUAGUAGAACUCCACAGAAGAUUAAUGACACUGAGAGAGAGACAUGUACUGCAGCAGAUAGUAAAUCUUAUAGAAGAAACUGGACACUUUCAUAUCACAAAUACAACCUUUGACUUUGAUCUUUGCUCACUGGACAAAACCACAGUCCGUAAACUACAGAGUUAUCUAGAAACAUCUGGAACUUCAUGAGAAUUGAGCAUCUGCCUGUAUCAAAGACUGUUCUCUAAAUGAAACAUUCCGAAUGAUGCAACCGAAAUGGGGGAAAAACAAAGCAACCCUCUUCAGCUUUGUUUUUCCUUAAAGCCAGUCAUCAUCUCUUGAUGAAGGAGAGGAAAAGUGACAAGACUCAGAGGACUGCUCUUCUCAACGAGAAAAUGCUCCGGAAGAGUUUGCCUGGAUAGCCUUGAAAAACAAACACAAAAACAAACAAACAAAAAACCUUGGUCUUAAUGAAUGUGUAUGGUAUCAUGUAUCUCUCUGUGGUGUUCCAGUCCACAAGAUGAAUGCAUGUUCAACACACUGCCUUAUUACAUUACUGAUCUAUUUAUUAUUGCAUACAUGUAUUCCAGUCAUUGAGUCACUGAAUGACACUACCAGAUGUUGCGAGUAGUGGAAUCCCAUGUAUGCUCUUUUGAUUCAGUCCCAUCAAAAGCCUAGUAACCUUAUUCAUGUUCAAUUGUCACUUCUUGCUGACUUUCUGUAGUCACUGAAAACACUACAGUCUUGUUUUCCACUCCUUCACUUCCAAGAAUCAAGAUACAAAGUGGGGGACCAAACAGUGGUCCUAUAUUUUGUUUCCGCUGUCACAGUGGGCCAGACCACAGCAGGUUGGACUGCAGGUCCUAGGCUCUAUCCAUUUAUUGAUCUUGACCAUGGUAGAAAAUGCACCAAAUAGGAACAUGACUUGCUAUCUAGCCUUAGCGAAUAAACCAGUAGGACUUCUAACAAAAAGAUGUUAUGUAUACUGUCCUGAAUCCAGCAUCUUUUGCAGUCUGCAUUCUCGUGUCUGUUUUAAUGUUAUAAAGUUAAAUAUAUAUGAGUGAAGGUGUACUGCAGGAUCAUCAUAAAAGAAGAAAUACUGGUCCUGUCUUCUUAAGGAAAUGUUGUAGAAAAUUCUUAAUUUGGAGCUAUUUAUUACUAUGAGUUUCUGCACUCCUUUGCUGCCAGUGUGUGACUUAUACCAUAAAACUAUUGGCAUAACAUUUUUGUUUGUUCAUGUAGUAUAUGGUCUGUUUAGACUGUUUUGUUUUGUUCUUUGUUUUGUUG